GGCAGCUGCCGCCGGGGCCGGGCCGGGGGGCCGCGCGCUCUGCACCCCGCGGCCGGGAUGGGCGGCGCGCUGCCCGCGGCCCCUGCAGCGCCCCCAGGUACCAUCUGACUCUCUCCUAGCGCUGGGGCACUGGUGAAACUGGGGACCCAACCGGAGCACAGAUGGGGCUCACCAGGAACCUGGCUGGCUGUGGUGCCGCCCUCUCCCACGUGCUGCUGCUGCUUCACAUUGAGGCGCUGGUGCAUUCAGGGCUGGGGGAACCAGAUCCCAAGAUUAACGGGCAGUCACUGUUGGUGAGCACCAUGCAGGAGGAUGAGAGCCAGGACUUCACCUGCCAGGUGGACAGCUGGCAGGCCGUGCCCAUGCUCACCUGGUACCUGAAUGGCAAGAAGCAGGAGACCAAUGGUUCCACAGUGUUGACCACCUUGGCUGAGGCCUUUGAGCAGAGCUCCAGCACUUUCACAGUGACGGCGCAGCGCGCAGACAGGGAACUGAACUGCUCACUGACUGACCCGGCCUCUGGCAAGACCUCCAAUGCCUCAGUGCUCCUCAACGUGCAGUUUAAACCGGAGAUCGUGACGAUGAACGCCAAGUACCAGGAGGCCAAGGACCCAGGUCUCUUCAUGGUUCUCUUCGUCCUGGUGCGGGCCAACCCCCCAGCCAGCAUCACCUGGAUAGACCAGGAUGGGCACGUGAUGGUGAAUACGUCCGACUUCCUCAUCCUGGACACCAAGAGCUACCCCUGGCUGACCAACCACACCGUGCAGGUGCAGCUCAGCAGCGUGGCCAAGAACUUCUCUUUCACUGCUGCUAACAAUGUGGGCAUAACCAACUCCUCCAUCCUGCCACCGGGUCUCCUGGAUACCCGUGUGGAGCUGCCCCUCCUGGCCAUCAUUGUUGGAGGAGCCUUGGCACUGGGGACUCUCCUCUGCCUCAACACCCUCAUCAUCUGUGUCGUCUGCAGGAGGGGGAAGGUGGCAUCAGGGCUCUCUGGACCUACGCCACUGCCGCCGAGCGAUUCCGACAACCUGAAGCUGAACAGCGUGCGACUGCCACGAGAGAACAUGUCCCUCCCGUCCAACCUGCAGCUCAAUGACCUCACGCAGGAGGCCAAAGCCAGCCAUGGAGACGCAGGAAUCCAGACCGAGCAGAAGGACGAUGCCCUGUCAGAGCCAGAGAACAGCCUGGGCCUUGGUAACAGAGGUUUCAUCCGGAUCCCGAUGGUUGGGCACAUUUACAAAGAGUCCAGCAUGAGCAGUGAUGAAAUAUGGCUAUGAAUGUGUAGGCAGGACCCUCCUGUGGGGUCCAGGUUAUCCCUCAGUCUCUUGGGAUGAGUCUACUGAUCCAUUGGUACUGCAGACCCAUCCAGGAGCUGCCAUUCUCCCCAGAAUCCCAGAGUGCAGCAGCCAGCUCAGAACAAGCUCUCUGUGUAACCACCACCAGAGCUCCAGGUGAGAAAAUUGCAAUGUCACUAAGUUCCUGUGACUGCAGGUCUUCCACACCAUCCUGUCCCAAGGAUCUCUGGGGGUCUUCAGCUCUUGCACUUGAGUGGGUUAGUUAGUCUCACCGAAAACAUCAUGGAGUCUGAUUUUUAAGAACUCUCUAGUGUGCUAGGGGGCAGAUGGAGCAUCAAGAGUGGGAAAGGCCUGUUCGCCUGCCCAGGAGCAAGAGAAAUUCAUACAUGUAACAGCCAUGGUCAUUUCAUCUCCACUCAGCUAUGGCAGCAUCCAGCUAUGUCCAUCUCUGAAUGGAUCAGGGCUGCGUUCUGGAGCUCCUGUGAGGAGUCUGAAACUGCUGGGAGUGGAAGAGGGUGAGGUAAUGUCAGCAUCUUAGGGGAGCAUGGGAGUGAUUGGCAGGAAGCCUGGCUUGCCCAAACACCAAUCUCAGUUAGUCACACAUUCUGUCUCAGGCCUGGCCAAGUACCUAAGCCCAGUGGCUCCUGAUCUGCUGGUUGGGUGGUAGGAAAUCCAGAAGAUCAGGCUCUAGGUGUUUCAAACUAGGCUUCAAGAAUUAGGGACCGCUUUGGAAAACAUGGUCUAUCCUGUGUGCGCUGAGUAUUGUAUCAUACAGUGGGAGAUGGAACAGACUUACCUUCCCAUGGGGCUGGGAUGGGAGGAGCACUCCAGGAAUGGUAUAGUACUAAAACCUAGAAUAGCAAGCACUGCGGCCAUUAUUUGUGAGCUGCUCUAGUUCUGUGUACUCACUCUGCUAGGGAAAAGUAAACCUCACUAGUUUGGGAUGAAACCGAAAAAAGAGCGUGAGUACCCCUUGGGGCUUUUCAGCCUCAAGUUAACUCCAGCCCUAUAUUGGGAGAGCAGUGAUGGGCUGCUCCUGGGUAUCCCAUAAUCAACCUCUUUGUGAAACAGAACAUGGGGUAGUUUCUGCUUGGAGCCCACAGCUAUCUCCUGGAGAAGAACUAGAGUGAUAAAGGGAAGUUCUUACUCUUUGAAAAGAACAUUUAGGAGAGAUGUGGCCCUGCUGUGCCCUCAUUUACACUCAAGCAGUUCUGCUGCGGACAAGGGACAGGUAUGGGUAUGCCAGAGGGUAGUUAUCACUCUAAUUCUUUACCCCUCUGAACCUAGACACUGCAGCACACAGAGAACCUUUCUAUGUGAAAAACCACUGCAGACCCUAACCGUCCAUUGCAAUAACCGCUGUGUAAUUCCUACAGCCUAGAGGUGCUGCAGCUCCUGGGCACUAGGUAUGGCUCUGAGGUUUGUUAGCCUUUGCUUUGUUAGUGUCUUGCUAUGGCAACUGUAUCUCUCUGUCAAUGUGCAUCUGGAAAGAGCAAUUCUUUCCUGGGAGACUCCCAUUUGUGACCUGUCUCUCAUGUCAAGAAGGGGGCUUGGACUGGGUGCCAGUCAAUAAGCACAAAUAGAGGUGCUGGUGGAAAUAAAUACAUGUGACCAUGCAGGCUGACCAGCUUCUGAGUAAUAUAUUAAGCUAUGCAUCAAAUGAUCUAGCAGCUGUUAGUUAGUUGUUGUAAGAUGCUGCAGUGUUAGCUGAGGCGUGUUUCUCUGUAACUUAAGCACUUUUAAGAAUAAAAUUGUAUAAUCAAAGUGUAAUGCAGAGCUCUAUCUACAUUGGCUGAUGCUCUGUCUCUGGCAGGAGUUGAUGGGAUGGAGGGACCUAUUGUGUCUUAGCUGCUGUAAUAAGGGAGCUGUAAGUGGUCCUCAGCCCAAGGAUCUUGUUCAGAGCACUGACAACAGUGUCAGGCAAAUUCUUCCAACAGCAGUAAACCAAAUAAUUGUCUGUAGUGGUGGCUGGUUAUUUCUGGUGAUCUGUCUGCUUCUCCUAAAAUGCAGCCCACUAGUGGGCCAAACUCUGCAGGAAGUUACAAGUGUGAACUGGGUGUACCUGUUGGAUUCACAGUAGGCUAAGCUGGCUCAGAGCUAGUGCCCUCCUCUCUACCCAGAGGCUGAUGAAGGGGACAUUCCACGUGGCAACUGAUAGUACCUACAGGAAACAAGGGGGAAACAGACUCCACUGUGCCUUGAUAUGAAGGCACUACCACCCUCCCCCUCCUGUCAGUCCUCUGAGUUUUCUCUCUAGAGUGGCUGCUAAUGGGCUCCUGCUACAGAGCAAAGGUCCAUCCACAGCACCACCUCCUCCCCUUCAAUUGCUUCCAGUGACAGCUCUUCCCCCUUACAGCACAGGUGUACACGAGCCCAUGAUGUGUGGUGAAUACAUCACUUCAUUGGAGAAGCCCAUGCUGAAGCCUACCUCCAGGUGAAUGCCAUGGUUGUGUCCCUCAGUGCUGGUCAUCUCUCCAACUGGUGGCUGAAUCUUGUACUCAUCUCAUAAUGGGAACAGCUGCAGAGAAGCGAACCAGAGCCCAUUCCUGCAGUGAACUCCUGGCUCCCUAGCAAUGCAGGCUGGGUCUCUGGGCUACAGUCCUUUAAAUAUUUGCUUGGGGGAAAGGGUCACACAGCUGAUCCUUAGACCCAACUCUGCAGCUGAGCAGGCUGCAGAGCCACAUGGGUUAGUAGUCUAGGGAAUGGCUAUGAAAGGAGUCUUGCAGGUAGGUGUGCAAGCUAAAAAGCUCUGUUAAUUGGUGGGGCCUUCGUCAGCGGGUGGAGCUACCAUGCAGGCCAGGGCUUUAUAACAUAGCGCGCAAGCGACCAGGGAGCGUGCGAACAGGGGCUGCUAACAGGGAGUUUCGCACGGGAGUUUGGAAAGGGAGGGCGAAAGGGCCAGGGCCCCUUCCCAUCCAUUGCCUCUGAAACAAGAGCCUGUGCUACAUGCACAACAGCUUGAUUCAAACAAGGCCCUGCCAUUAACAAGGAGACCGUGCAGGCCACAGCCCAGCAGCAGAGUGGGGGCUCUCCAGUCUAGUAUGCCGAGUGCAUCAGGGUCCAUUACCAGCUCUGUGGGCAGGUGGCACAGAUGUGCAAGGAGCUGCUGGCCCUCAGAGACCACAUACAGGUUUUGGAGGCCAGGGUGGCAGAGCUGGAGGAGCUAAGACUGGCAGA